AUGGCUGAUUUUGAGAAAUCUGACCUUGUUUUUCUUCUUUUCGUCUUUGCUCCUCCUUUUGGAAAGCACAAGACUACAACGACGAUAAACCACCACCAGUCCCUCCUCCAGAAGAAACGCGACGAUUUCCCGGCUGCUGUGGGAAAUGGAACUUCAAUUGCUGGUUAUCAUCAGAAGGAUUUGAUGACUUCAGUUAACACUGGAGAUUUAACGCAAAUUCAAGUUGAGAUUGAAUUAACAGGCACUCAGUUUGGGAUCAAGCCACUGGGAUAUCCUAUGCCAAAGACAUCAAACUUAUGA